AGAGAAACAAGAGAGAGAAUGGGUUUACAAAAACCCAAAGCUUUUGUUUGUGGAUUUUGAAAGGUCCAUAAACAGACAUACUCUGCAACUGCUGUGUUCUUGCCUUCUUUUACCUCCUCUCGUUAUUUUGGCUUCUUUUGGGGUUUUGCUUGGCUGGAACGGCUGUUUAUUUGGUUAAUCUUUUGAUGUUAUCUCUUUGGCGUGCUCUGUUAAAACCAUAGAAAACGAGAAAACACGCACACACAGAGAACGGGGAGGGUACUAAGACACAGAGAGAAAAAAAGUGUAGGAUUGGAGAAAGGGAUUUCUUUCGUCUUCUUUUCUGUUUGUUGUCACGACUGAUUGGUUAUUAGGUUCAACGAAACUGAUAGCGGGCGGAAUUAUCAAUGGAAGUCGUGGUUGGGGAAAUAAGAGCAAUGGUUCCUUCGUGUCUUUCUUAAAAGCUAAACCACGAAACAAUCGUGAUUUUGGCGUUAAUGUCAAGUUGAAUUCGUGUGCAAUUACAUAGACAAGAGGCAGGGCACAACCGGAUAUAUUGCAGAAGCUCCGUUCAGAAUGGCUUGUAAUCUAUCGGAAAUGCAAGAGCCGAGCAUAGACACUGAUAAGUUGAGCUACGAAAUUUUUUCCAUCCUUGAAAGUAAAUUUCUUUUCGGCUAUGACGAUCAAAUGCUAUGGGUGCCCAAACAGAUCCCUCCGCCGGUGACUGACUCGAAACCGACGGAAACGGUCGCCGUUGAUAACAGCGUCUCAGCAAUCAAGAACCAAAGGGGGAAAAUCUGCAUUCUCAGCAUCGACGGUGGCGGUUUGCGGGGGAUUCUAACAGGGAAAGCUUUGGCAUACCUGGAACACGCUCUAAAGGCCAAGUCCGGUAAUCCCGACGCCAGAAUUGCAGAUUAUUUCGAUGUUGCUGCAGGUACGGGUAUCGGCGGCAUAUUCACCGCGAUGCUGUUUGGCACCAAGGAUCAUAACUUUCCAAUUUUCGAGGCAGAUGACACGUGGCGUUUCCUGGCUGAUCAAGGGAAGCAAUUUUACCGUUCCAGUUCCGGCGGUUCCGUUAAUGGAUGUGGCUUUUUGAAGCGGCUUAUUAAAGGUGCCGGUUCGACCGGGUCGCCCACCGCCAGUUUAGAGAAAGCGGUGAAGGAAGCAUUCACCGACAAUGACAAAGGCCGAAGCCUUACUCUGAAGGACACGUUGAAACCGGUAUUAAUCCCAUGCUUCGACCUAUCAAGUACGGCCCCCUUUUUGUUCUCCAGAGCCGACGCUUUAGAAUCGGACAGUUUCGACUUCCGGCUCUGGGAGGUCUGCCGGGCGACAUCAGCCGAACCGGGGCAGUUCGAACCGGCUUUAAUACGAUCCGUGGAUGGACGGACAAGUUGCGUAGCUGUUGACGGCGGUCUGUCUAUGAGUAACCCCACCGCCGCCGCAAUCACGCACGUGCUACAUAACAAGCAAGAGUUUCCAUUCGUGAGAGGAGUGGAGGACUUGUUGGUGCUGUCUCUUGGAACGGGUCAACUAGUCGAGGUUAGCUUUGAAUACGACCAGGUCAAGAACUGGAAGGUCAAAGACUGGGCUCGACCAAUCGCUCGAAUAUCCAGUGAUGGCUCCGCUGACUCGAUGGACCAGGCGGUGGCCAUGGCGUUCGGUCAGUGUAGAAGCAGUAACUACGUGCGUAUUCAGGCCAAUGGUUCGAGCUUGGGCAUGUGUGGACCCAAUGUGGAUACAGAUCCUAGCCCUAGCAAUGUGAAGAUGCUAAUAGGAGCGGCAGAGGAAAUGCUCAAGCAGAAGAAUGUGGAGUCGGUGCUCUUCGGUGGAAAAAGGAUUGGAGAGCAAAGCAACUUUGAAAAACUUGAUUGGUUUGCAGGAGAACUUGUGCUUGAGCAUCAGAGGAGGAGUUGCAGAAUUGCUCCCACUGUUGCUUUCAAACAAGCUACCCCAAAGUCCUCCUAAGAGCCAAAGGUAAGCUUUUUAUUUUCCAUGCACAAUUGAGUCACAUAAAUUUAAUCCUGUCGGUUUAAACUUUAAAGAUAGCAUCCAAGUCGACCCAGUUUGAAUCAAAAUGAUUAGAGAUGCAACCACUCUCAAUAUAAUAUAGCAAUGAUGCAAUGAUUUUUUUGUAACUUUCAAUUUUUUUGAUGAGUCCCUAUCUAUUGGUUGAAAGGAAACCGAAAAAACUACCAAACGGCUACCCCAAACAACACAUUUAGCUCAUUCAUCCUUCAAUGUUUCUCUCUGCUGAGUGAACAUCAUCUUCUUGUGAGUCUCAAUAUAUUGAAGCUUUAUUUUUGAAUGUCGUGGUCUUUUGAAUAAAUAUGGUCAUUGUUGUGCAACUUGACCAGAAGUUAUAGGAACUGCCAUCUAGCGUCCACCUGUGUGUGUUUGUCUUGACAUUUCUCCUUUUUGAUUCAAAACAUAUCCACUCUCCUAACAACUGGUUGUUCUACUUGGUUUUUUAUACUGUUGUUUUAACAUAUAGUUGAGAUUGAGAAACUUAUUGUGUUUUAUAGACGUGGGACAAGACAGACCCCUAUUGUUGUCGGCCCACCGACAUUGAAUCAUGAAAUUUUGAUGGGGGGAUGGUAUGCUAUUUUGAAUAAAUGACCCCAAAGGUUUUUGAAGGGCAUUUUAGUCAUCUGGUAGAGAAACCAAUCAUUGAAUUGAAAGAAGGCUUAGAGACAUAUCCAUCAAGUCCGGGAAAAAAAAAGAUUUUAUCUUGUGAUGUUGUGAUGAAUGGCUCAGUAAGUUCUUUUGCUUCUGUGCCUAGGACCCAAAGGACAGCUUUUGCUUUUCAUGACCAAGAAAAUCAAACCAUAUAAAUAUGGUUUGAAAAAAAAAGGGGCAAUUUUUAAAACUUUAUUGUAGCAUUUCAUGAUUUACAUUUGCCCUUUAAUUUGUCUUUCACGAAUCCAUCUUGAAUGUAGUUGUCCUUUCUGUUUUCUUUUUCACCCUUCAAACAUACCAUUGUCCUCCUCUUUGUUAAGCAACGGUUUUGAAAUGUCACAGUGAGAAAUAAUUUUUGACUUCAUUCUAUUUAAUUGUUUUUUGAGUUGCCAUAUUUGGACCUUCACAAAUCACAACUACAUAGGCAUCCACAAUGUUUUACUCAUUAAGGAUUAUUUUGAGACAAUAAUAUUGAAUUAGACGAUAUGUGUGCAAUUAUCUUCAUUCAUUCUGUUUUCUGAAGAAAGAGUGUUCAGAACAAACGUUGCUGAUAGUACGUAGUAGGGUUGAAUUUAUAGACUUUUCAAUUAACUUUGAUUCUUUGAAUUCCAAUAAGAGACUGUAGAAACCAAAUAUUUAAAAUGAAAGCACUGAAAAAGCAGUUAGGUAAUUUGUUUGUAAAUCUUGAGUUGUUCUUUUGGUUGUACCUUGUAACCUUUCUUUUUUGGCAUGGCUGUCUAGCAUUAGUUCUAAAAGCCACAAAAUAUUUGGAAGCGUAUGCUCAAAACACUUGGACUGGGAUGUGAUUUUCGAAAGCUUUUUUGCUGUUUAUCCUUUGUAGCUGUGCAGAUCACAUGAUUUUUUUUUUCUUAAAAGAAUUACUUAACAGCUCUGUUUCUA